GAUCGUUAAAGGAGGGAGAGAGAGCGGCAGAGCGUUUCGUACUGAAGUUAUUUAAAGUAAAAGGAAGUUUUCUUCCCGACAAAUAUUUUUUUUUAAGUGGGAAAAGACAUACCAGAAAGGCAUUUUACAUAGCUAAACGGAAUGCGAGAAAUCUGGAAACCACACCUACAUUCUGUCCGAACAAGUAAAUCAAGUUAUAUUAGCGGAUGUUGACGUAGCUUUGUCACUUGGAGACAGGCUGCUGGUCCCACUCUAGUGAUGUCAUCGUCGUGGUGGGAGCCAGAGCCCCCACGGGUCGCAAAUGGUACCUCUCCCCCUGGCUUCCUGGAAGACACCGACUGCUUCAACUCCUCACAGAGCACGGUCCUAGCAGGACUCGAAUUUGGAGGAGUGCCAGUUGUCCUGCUGAUCGACUUCUGUGUCUUUGUGGCACUGCUGUUCCUCUUCUUCAUUAUCAGGAAGCAUUUCUGGGACUACGGCCGUUUAGCUUUGGUCACAGACAAUGAAGGGUUCACUGGCUCAUCACACCGCCGCUAUGGACGUAUGACAUCCACUGGAUCCAACGCAGAGGACCCCGAGUAUGACUUUGGAUUCUGUUCUUGGCUGCAGUACUUCUUCACACUAGAUGAUGGAAAGAUAAAAGCCAAGUGCGGCAUGGAUGCUGUUCACUACCUGUCCUUCCAGCGUCAUCUGAUUGUCCUGUUGGUGAUCCUCACUGUUUUGUCCAUCUGUGUCAUACUGCCUGUCAACAUGACUGGAGACCUUCUGAAAAAUGAAACACAGAAGUUUGGACAGACAACUAUUGGGAAUCUUCAAAAGGGAAGCAACCUGCUAUGGCUGCACACAGUGUUCGCAGUUGUCUACCUGAUUCUGACAGCAUUACUGCUGCAGCGUCACGUGUCACAAAUGAAGGGCAUGCGCAGAGAGACAGCCAGAAACACCUUGUUUGUGUGUUCACUCCCUAAAGAAGCAACAGAAGAAGAUAUAAAGACCCAUUUUGCAGAGGCGUACCCUUCCUGUCAAGUGUGUACUGUCACCUUGGCAUAUGACGUGGCCAAACUCAUGUACCUUGAUAAGGAAAGAAUACAUGCUGGAAAAAACCUGUGGUACUACGAGCAUGUCCUAAAUAAAAAAGGACAACGUGUGUUCAUCACUCCCCGUAUGUGUGGCCAUUUAUGUUGCUGCACCAGCUGUGUCAAGGUUGAUGCCAUAGAGUAUUAUCGUGGGAAAGAAAGGCUCCUGCUGGAAGAGGUGAGACAACAGGCAGAAGAAGCUCCACAGCGCCCCCUGGGGAUUGCUUUUGUCACCUUACAGAAUGAGGCUAUGGCCAAAUACAUUCUGAAAGACUUCAAUGCAGUCGAGUGUGGUAAUAAGAACUGCUGUUGUGGAGUUCAGCGCCAGCCAUCAUCCAAAAGCGAAAUCCUGAAAGUGAACAAGUGGCGGGUCGGUUUUGCACCACAUCCCAAGAAUGUGUAUUGGGAAAAUCUCUCAGUGCGGGGUUUUUGCUGGUACCUUCGCUAUGUGAUGCUAAAUGUAUUCCUUUUCAUCCUGCUGACCUUAUUCACGACCCCCACCAUCAUUAUCAACAUCAUGGACAAGUUUAACGUGACCAAGCCCAUCUACUAUCUCAAUAGUCCCGUCAUCAGUCAGUUCUUCCCCACGCUCCUGCUGUGGACCUUCUCUGCGCUGCUGCCCACAAUAGUGUACUAUUCUACACUGGGAGAGGCACACUGGAGCAGGUCCAGUGAGCAGCUGAGCAUGAUGCGUAAGCUCUACUUUUUUCUACUCUUCAUGGUACUUCUCCUCCCCUCACUCGGACUCACCAGUCUUGCAGUGUUCUUCCGCUGGCUGUUUGACAAAACAUUUCUCUCUGGUGGGAAACUGAGAUUUGAGUGUGUGUUUUUACCCGACCAAGGGGCAUUUUUUGUCAAUUACGUGAUUGCAGCAGCCCUCGUGGGCUCUGGGAUGGAGUUGUUGCGGUUGCCAGGGUUACUGCUUUACAUGAGCCGUAUGAUGAUUGCGCGCUCUGCUGCUGAAAGAAAAUACGUCAGAGAGAAUCAGGCCUAUGAGUUUGAAUACGGAGCCAUGUACGGCUGGAUCCUUUGUCUGUUUACUGUGAUCAUGGCUUACAGCAUCAUUUGUCCUAUAAUAAUGCCUUUUGGUCUCCUGUACAUGUCGCUGAAAUACCUGGUGGACAGAUACAACCUGUACUUUGCUUACCUGUCUGCUAGAAUAGACCGCCAGGUUCACUUAGAAGCUGUGAAUCAAGCUCUGGGCGCGCCCAUCAUCUGCCUAAUAUGGCUUUACUUUUUUUCUGUCCUUAGAACAGGCUUCUGGACACCCACAUCUCUGUUCACCUUGGUGAUCCUGUGUAUCACCAUUUUGAUCUCUCUCAGCUACACUUGCUUUGGCUUUUUCAAGUACCUCAGUCCACUCAACUAUGUGGUCAAGGAGGAGGACGAGGAUCCAGCAGAGGGCGUGGACGAAAACGCUUUGGUUUACCUUCCCAGAGUGCUUGACCCUAAAUCACCUGCCAGCAUCCCGCAAAGUGGUAAUCAGCAGCAGCAGUCUUAUGGUUCUUUGGAUGACACCACAGCACACAGCUUCAGAGCAGAAGACAAAAACAUGGAAGAUUCCAAAAGUGAGUCAAGCCCUCGAAGUAAAGAUGCUGAUUUGUCUUGAUUGUAAGUCUGCUUCUUCAAAGAUCUAAAUCCAGGAGAUCCUGUUGAUUCCAGGGGCUUCCACAGACCAGCACCUAUGAUGUUACAAAAGUAUAACUUAUUUAAUUUCUUCUGUGGGAUAAGUUUUAAGGUAUCAGGGAAAAUGUCUAGCUCAUUUUGAAAUGACUUUUAUGGAUGGAGCUUUUCUUGGAGAUCUAGAGAAUCAAUUUGACUGUAUAGAUAGGAAGCAGGAUUUUAAUAUUAAUGUGAUAAAGAACAAUUAAUUGUUUAACACCUCACUGAUAAGGACCUACUCACCAAGUAAUGCUAUAUCAAUUAAAAGAGCCCAUAUUAUGCUUAUUUUAUUUUGCAGGUCUAUAGGAGAGCUUUAUAUGCUUUAAUGUUUAAAAACAAAUCACUAUUAUUUACUGUAAACCUCUGAGCUUUUCUCUCUUUAAUUCUCCCCUCCCGAAAAGCCCGGUCUGCUCUGACCAAUCAACUAGCAUGGCAGAGGCAACUACCAAAAAAGACUGUGUUGUUUCUAACUUUGUCUUUGUGUGACCAUUUUACACAUUUAAAUACAGCUGAAAGGUUAAAAAGGCCUCAAAGUGACAGCUGGUUUACAUCACCCUGGGCUGCCUUUCAAUCAUUAUUUCAUGCUUGUUUGAGAACAGAAACAGGAAAAUACUUAAACGAGAACGAUUGGAAAUGUAGCUGUAUGUAUGAGUACAUGAAGGAGCAUAGCAAACUUAUUAGCUACACAGCAUGCUAAUAUACAGACAUUUUCUCACUGUUGAGGGGAAAAAAAGAAAGAAAUUUAUAGGGUCUUUGUUCACCGUUGCAGCCAGCAACAGAAUAUUUGAGACAUUUUAGCCGUACAGUUAGCAGAACUGACUCCGGCUGGACUAUGAUGGUGAACCAGACACAACUAGAUUUAUAUGAGGCAGCAUGUCGAACCAUCCUCUAGGUGUAGCUGAAGGGGACUCUAAAAGAAUAAUAUGGGCACUUUGAAAUAAAAGCCAUAAUGUUUGCAAAAGAACACCAGAAUUUAUUUCUUGCACAUACUGAUUUAUGCCUGCUACACAAAUACCAAAGGGAAGGAUUUUUUUUUAUUGCUAGAGCACUUGCCAAGGGGAUACCCUUAAUAUUGCACUUUUUGUAUUUUUCUUGUCUUUACUAUAAAAACAAACAAAAAAAAAAACUUCCUGUUUUAAAUUUUGUAAUAACAUAAAUUCUGCAGGAGUUUGAAACCAAAACAAUGUUUUGACUGUUGCAACCAUUAUUUACAUUGUUGUAUAAGGUCAGAUAACCGUAUUUCUGAAUGAAUGUUAUAAACAGGUCAGCGUCUGUGUCGAAUGUAAAUAUUCAUUUAACAAAGAAUAAAAUCAGAAUCAAAUCAUUAAAGAAAAAUUGUUCA